AUGAAAGACGUCGUCGUUGACGUGGCGCCCAAGUGCAUCAAGGGCCUUGAAUUCAGCGCUCUCUCGUCCAAAGAGAUCGUGGCGCAGUCCGAGGCCGAGGUCACCACUAGAGACCUCUACGACUUGGAAAAGGGCAGACAAGUCAAGGAAAGUGGUGCUUUGGACACACGAAUGGGAACCUCGUCCAACGCAGUCGAGUGUGCUACGUGCCAUGGUAACUUGGCUCUGUGCCACGGUCAUUUUGGCCACGUUCGCUUAGCACUUCCUGUGUUUCACGUGGGUUACUUCAAGCAGAUCAUCAGAGUGCUCCAGUGUAUCUGUAAGCUGUGUGGAGCGGUGUUGUUGGACCAGAACACGAAACGCAAGUUCUUGGCCGACUUGAGACGCCCCAAUAUUGACAAUUUGCGCAGAAUGAAAAUCUUGAACAAAGUGGUGGACCAGUGCAAAAAACAGAGAAGGUGCUUGCAGUGUAACCAUGUCAACGGCGUGGUGAAGAAAGCUGCGAGUGGCGCUGGACCGGCUGCUUUGAAAAUUUUUCACGACACCUUCAGGUUCAUUGGCAAGAAGCCUACUCCUGAAAAGGAGUUCUGGGAUAAGGAGUUUGACGAGGUGUUUAUGAGGAAUCCAGAGCUCGAGAAAUUUGCAAAGAGAGUGUAUGAGGACUUGAAUCCGCUCAAGGUUUUGAAUUUAUUCAAGCAGGUGUCGCCUCUUGAUUGUGAGCUUUUCGGCAUUGACGCCUCCAAGGGCGGCAGACCUGAAACGUACAUUUGGCGCUACUUGCCUGCUCCUCCCGUGUGUAUACGACCUUCGGUGAUGAUGGACGCUCAGUCCAACGAGGACGAUUUGACGGUGAAAUUGACCGAGAUCGUCUGGACCUCCUCCCUCAUCAAGGCAGGUAUCGAGAAAGGUAUCUCUAUUAAUAACAUGAUGGAACAGUGGGACUUUUUGCAGCUUUCGGUCGCCAUGUAUAUCAACUCCGAUGCAGCAAACCCGGCGCUACUACCUGGGAACAUGGGCCUGGGCCUGAAAAGUGCCAAACCAAUCAGAGGCUUCUGUCAGAGAUUAAAGGGUAAGCAGGGUCGUUUCAGAGGUAAUCUUUCCGGUAAGAGAGUCGACUUUUCAGGUCGUACAGUUAUUUCGCCAGAUCCAAAUUUGAAAAUUGAUGAAGUUGCCGUUCCCGAUCGAGUGGCCAAAGUGUUGACCUACCCUGAAAAGUGUACUCGAUACAACCGUCAAAAAUUGCAGAAAUUGAUUCUCAACGGCCCCAAUGUGCAUCCGGGUGCUAACUACAUUUUGAAGCAGAAUGAGGUUGCCAAACGCAACUUGAAGUUCGGUGACAGGGUCAAGCUUGCCAAGAAUCUCCGAAUCGGCGACGUCGUUGAGCGUCACAUUGAAGACGGUGAUGUUGUUCUUUUCAACAGACAGCCUUCUUUGCAUAGACUUUCCAUCUUGUCUCACUACGCCAAGGUCAGACCAUGGAGAACCUUCAGACUCAACGAGUGUGUUUGUACGCCAUACAACGCUGAUUUUGAUGGUGACGAGAUGAACUUGCAUGUUCCUCAAACUGAGGAAGCCAGAGCUGAAGCCAUCAACUUAAUGGGGGUGAAAAACAACCUUUUGACGCCAAAGUCUGGUGAGCCUAUCAUUGCUGCUACUCAGGAUUUCAUCACUGGCUCGUAUAUUAUCUCCCACAAGGAUUCUUUCUUCGAUAGAGCUUCUUUGGUUCAGCUCUUGCUGAUGAUGUCAGACGCAGACUUGCAUUUUGACAUUCCUCCACCGGCUAUCUUCAAGCCCGUGGCUCUUUGGACAGGUAAGCAGGUAUUUUCCCUCUUGAUCAGACCCAACAAAAAAUCCAAAGUUGUCAUCAAUGUGGAUGCAAAGAACAAGACUUUCCAUCCUCCCGCUAAAGGUCUUCCGAACGAAAUGUCGCCCAACGAUGGUUUUGUGGUGAUCAGGGGAUCCCAAAUUCUCAGCGGUGUCAUGGAUAAGUCCACAUUGGGUGAUGGUAAAAAGCACUCUGUGUUUUAUACAAUUCUCAGAGACUACGGUCCUGAUGAGGCAGCAAAUGCCAUGAAUAGAAUGGCCAAGCUUUGUGCCCGUUUUCUCGGAAACCACGGUUUCUCCAUUGGUAUUAAUGAUGUCACACCAGGUUCUGAUCUUAAGCUGAAGAAAGAGUACAUGGUUGAGCAAGCCUACGCCAAGUGUGAUGAGCUCAUUGAUCUUUACAACAGGGGUAAGUUGGAAACACAACCUGGCUGUAACGAAGAGCAGACGUUGGAAGCGAAAAUCAGUGGUUUGCUUUCCAAAGUUCGUGAAGAAGUCGGUGACGUCUGUAUCAGAGAGCUUGAUUCCCUCAACUCUCCAUUGAUCAUGGCUACAUGUGGUUCCAAAGGUUCCACGUUAAAUGUUUCGCAGAUGGUCGCUGUUGUGGGUCAGCAAAUUAUCUCGGGUAACAGAGUGCCUGAUGGUUUCCAGGACAGAUCCUUGCCCCACUUCACGAAAAUGUCGAAGACACCCCAGUCCAAGGGUUUUGUACGGAACUCUUUCUUCAGCGGUUUGAGUCCUCCAGAGUUUCUUUUCCACGCUAUUUCGGGUAGAGAAGGUUUGGUUGAUACUGCCGUGAAGACUGCCGAAACAGGUUAUAUGUCUAGACGUCUUAUGAAGUCUCUUGAGGAUCUUUCUGCUCUGUAUGAUCAGACGGUGAGAAACUCGCUGAAUGGUAUCGUUCAGUUCACUUAUGGUGGUGAUGGCUUGGAUCCUUUGGACAUGGAGGGCGAUGCUCAGCCAGUAAACUUUAACAGACAGUGGGAUCAUGCGUUUAACGUCACUUUUGACAUCAGCGAUAGAAGCUUGAGACCAUAUGAAAUUAUGGAUGUUGUAGACAACGUCCUCAGGCCAUUGGAGGACAAGCUCGUGAGGUACGACAACCUUGGAAGGGUUGUUGAUGUUGAUAUUGGUGAUCGUGUGGAGUUGAUCGACCAGAAGGAUGCCGAGAGAUCUUUCUACAAGUCACUUCGUGAAUAUGUGCAUAAGAAGGCUACUCAACUUGCCCAGUACAGAGAGAAUAAGCACUUGAGACCAUACUUGACGAAGAUCGAUGAUGAUGUUGACAUGGAUGUGGACGAGGUAGAAGACGAGGUCAACACCCAUGCUGUCAAUCAAUUGCUCAAGAUAUCGGAAAAAUGUGUGAUUGAGUUCCUCAACCAGUGCUUCUACAAGUACAAGAGGGCCAAGGUUGAACCAGGCACCGCAGUGGGUGCGAUUGGUGCACACUCUAUCGGUGAGCCAGGUACUCAGAUGACGUUGAAGACAUUCCACUUUGCUGGUGUGGCGUCCAUGAACGUCACGUUGGGUGUGCCCCGUAUCAAAGAAAUCAUCAACGCCGCAAAGGUCAUUUCCACGCCGAUUAUCAACUCUGUAUUGGUCAACGACGACGAUGAGGUUGCUGCGAGAGUUGUCAAAGGAAGAAUAGAGAAAACCUUGCUUCGAGAUGUUGCAUUCUACAUUGAGGAUGUCUACAAAAAUGACAUGGCAUUCUUGUCGAUCAAGAUUGAUCUCAAAACUAUCGAAAAGCUCCAGUUGGAGUUGACUUUGGACAACAUUCGCCAGGCUAUCGCCAACGCUCCUAAACUUAAGAUCGCCAACAACGAAGUGUCCAUCUAUGGUAAAGACAGGAUCAACGUUUUGGUGACCCACAGAGAGCUGAAGCUGGAGAGCUUGGCCAAGACAGCGCUGUCAGACUACAGAUUGGCCGAGGCCAACACCACGCUUUUCUUCAGAAUGCAGCAUCUCAAAAGAGCUCUUCCCGACGUUGUCAUCAAGGGUCUUCCCAACAUCUCACGUGCUGUAAUCAACAUUCGUGACGACGGCAAGAAGGAGUUGUUGGUGGAGGGCUAUGGCUUGAAACAAGUGAUGGCCACAGACGGUGUGGUGGGAACCAAGACUACCACUAACCACAUCUUGGAGGUGUACGAGACCCUUGGUAUCGAAGCAGCAAGAUCCUCCAUCAUUGGCGAAAUAGACUACACCAUGUCCAAGCACGGUAUGAGCGUGGAUCCUAGACACAUUCAGCUUUUGGGAGAUGUGAUGACCUACAAGGGUGAGGUGUUGGGUAUUACCAGAUUUGGUCUUUCUAAAAUGAGAGAUUCUGUGUUGCAGCUUGCUUCGUUCGAGAAGACCACGGAUCACUUGUUUGACGCUGCCUUCUUCAUGAAGAACGAUAAGAUCGAGGGUGUUUCCGAAUGUAUCAUUUUGGGCCAGACCAUGGGAAUUGGAACCGGUGCAUUCAAAAUGGUGAAGACGUCUAAUUAUGACGAGAGCAAAAUGAAGCCGAAGGAGACUCUUUUCGAGAGUCUUUGCGUGGCCUAG